GGGAAUCAAAAUCCAUUACAUCUUUAGUGUCCCCCCUGGGCCCAGCUUUUUUUCGCUCACGUUUGGGCCGGUCGGAUUAGUUUUGUUUUGUGAUUUGGAGUUUAGGAGGAGGCGACGUAUUGUUUUCUGUGAUCAAAUAAUGAAAAGCGGUUGGUGCGACGUUUUACCGAGAUUUUCAUAGUUUUCCAAUGGUUUUCACCAGAUGAAACCGGCCGAGUGUUCUGCAAUAAUGGGGCGUUGUGUGCUGGUGCUCGUCCUUCUUGUCAGCUGUCAAAGUAUCCAUGGAAACGAGCAUGAACCUCCCCCAGGAGCACCAGUUUUUCAAAGGACUGCGGUAGAAAAAGUUCCUAUUUUAGAGAAGAAGUCAGCGUAUGUGAGCGAGGAAUUUGGGAGCAGAUCGCUCCCAUUGAGGACAGCGGUUGAAAACAUUCCAGACUUAACCAAAACGCUGAAAAGACUUCCACUCAGAGAUGCAGUGGAAAAAAGGCCAACACCAAAUCCUUCCGAGGCAGAAAUCUUGGAAGACCAGCCUUCCGACAGACCAGACUUGAAUCAAAGGUUCCCAAUAAAAUACGGCUUGGACGGAAAUGUCUUGAGAGCAUUUCCCAAUAGAAACAAUCCCUAUUACAUCCCGAACAACCAACUAUUAUACAGCAAUAACCUGCAAACCUUGAGCAAUAACUUCCAGAAACCGCAGUAUUUUGGGGUGACCUAUUAUUCCCCUAUUCAGAUAUUCAGGACCUUAGUGAGCGAUUACAGGGGAACUUCACCCUAUAGAAUCGACAACGGGUACCAGCAAUUGUUGGUGCAUCCAAAUCAGUGGAUUCAAGGGAGAAGCUUCGAUGCUGGCACACAGAACAGGAUUAAAAGUAGUAAAGCAGUUCUUGCCAAUGACAAUAAUGGACAAAGGAUCAUAUGUUACGUACAAGGGCAAGCAGUUUACAGAAGAGAACCUCAAACUUUCCGUCCCGAAGAUCUCAAUCCUAUGGCUUGUACUCACGUGAUUUAUGCGUUUGCUGCUAUGGACCCGCAUUCAUUUCAAAUAACACCAAAUGACGAAGAAUACGACCUGAUUCAAGGUGGAUACACGGCUGUAACAGGAUUAAAACGGCUCAACCCAAAACUGAAAGUGAUGAUAUCAGUUGGUGGAGGAGAACAAAGUGCCCCGCACAGAUUCGCAACCAUGGUAUCCAGCGCGACCAAAAGAAGAAACUUCAUCAGGUCAGUCAUCCAGUUCCUGAAGGUCCACAACUUCGACGGUUUGGACCUACACUGGCAAUAUCCAGGGGAUCAAGACCUGGGAGGUCAUACCUCGGACAAGGAGUAUCUGCUGCUCCUGCUGGAAGAGUUGAACGAGCUGUUUCGUCCGAGAGAAUGGCUGUUAUCGAUCGCAGCCCCCGCUUCUAGAUUCAGGGUGGAAGAUGGGUUCAAUCCCGAGAGAUUGGCCAAUCUUGUGGACUUCGUGAAUGUCCAAGCCUACAAUUUCCACAGGGACAAGGAACCUGGCGCCGAACACCACGCCAAUUUGAACGUCAGACCCGAAGAUCAAGAUUUAGACACGUUCUUCAACGUGGACUAUGCCGUUAAGUAUUGGCUGAAGAAAGGCUUACCAAGAUCGAAACUAGUAGUUGGAAUUCCAUUUUUCGGUAGAUCGUUUACCCUUCUAAACCCAAAUGAAACUGCAAUGGGGGCUCCAAUAAAGGGACCAGGCAACGAAGGUUACUACACUCAGACUAAAGGAUUCUUGGCGUAUUUCGAAGUAUGCGACUUGAUGAUGCACGAAGGCUGGGAAUUGCAUACUGCAGCUUCUGGGGCACCUUACAUCGUCAAUGGCGAUCAGUGGAUCGCUUUUGACAAUACCGAGAGCAUAAAGAGAAAGAUAACCUAUGUCAAGGAUCUGGAGCUUGGUGGUGUCUUUGUGUGGUCUGCUGACAUGGACGACUUCAAAGGCCUCUGCGGAGAAAAGUGGCCUCUUUUGGGAGCAGUCAAUCAAUUCCUCAAACGACAUACUCUGGAGGAAAUCGACUAUUCCAUGCCAAGUCGUCCAUUCGGAACUUGUGAGAAAUCUGGACUGUAUUCGGACCCAAACAACUGUGCUGCUUAUUACAUCUGUAGACACGGCCUGAACUAUCACCUAUCGUGUCCUACCAACACGAUUUUCGAUCCAGAAUCUGGAAUAUGCGGAAAUUAUCCAAGUACUAAGUGCCGUCCAGGAGAUUCGAUCUUUGUAUCUAGCAGCAUAAGAACGUCUUUUUUCCCCAAUGGUGUUAUGAGGAGUAGUCAGAUUAACUAUGACAAACCUAAGGUGGUUUGCUACGUGACAAACUGGGCGUUUUACCGAAAAGCCGCAGGUAAAUUCGUUCCAGAAAAUAUCGAUCAGCAACUUUGCACCUACGUCGUUUAUGCCUUCGCCAGUUUGGAUCCAGAGAGUUUGAUAAUGAAGGCGUUCGAUCCAUGGGCUGAUUUCGAUAAUAAUCUUUAUCAAAGAAUAACAGCCUUGAAAGGUACGGUUCCUCUUCUAUCCCUUGGAGGUUGGACGGAUUCAUCAGGUGAUAAAUAUUCGAAAUUGGUCGGUAGUACCUCAUCCAGGAGAAAAUUCGUGAUUGCGACUAUGGAUUUCUUGAAAAAGUAUGGUUUUAAGGGGCUACACUUCGACUGGAACUAUCCAGUAUGCUGGCAGAGUAACUGUAAUAAAGGACCAGCACAAGAUAAACAAAAUUUCGGGAAACUCAUAAGCGAAUUGAGAGCUGAGUUCGACAAGAUGGAACCACCAUUAGUUUUAGCAGCAGCAAUAUCAGGUUACAAGGAAGUGAUAGACGUAGCCUAUGAUCUUCCACUUCUCGGUAAAAAUUUAGACUUCAUGUCGGUGAUGACGUACGACUACCAUGGAGCGUGGGAGAGACAAACUGGACAUGUUAGUCCUUUAUUCCAUAGACCUGGGGACAGAUAUACUCAGUACAAUAGUAACUUCACCAUGGAAUAUCUGGCAUCUAAAGGAGCACCAAGAAGAAAACUCCUGAUGGGUAUUCCAUUUUACGGUCAAACCUUCACCCUGGCUAACCCUGGAGAUUAUGGACAAGGAGGACCAUCGCUUGGUCCUGGAGAACCUGGCGAAUACACCAAGCAACCUGGAAUGCUAGCCUACUACGAAAUAUGCAACCGCAUACGAAACAAAAGAUGGAUUAUCAACAAAGAACCUACAGGAACUACGGGACCUUUUGCUUACAAGAAGGACCAAUGGGUUGGGUUUGAGAACCCACAAUCAGUCAGGGAAAAAGCUAAAUACAUCAAGUUGAGUGGAUUUGGCGGAGCAGUUGCUUGGACUAUAGACUUGGACGACUUCUCGAACACCUGUUGCGAGGGAACUUUCCCCUUGUUGACGACGCUGAACCGUGAGUUAGGUUUGAUCUCCGAUCGACCAGUCCAAGAGGAUUGCACUCAACCUACACCUCCAUCGACGCCCCCACCUCCAAUAACGACCACAGGGGUGGACACUGGGGCUGAACACACCACGUCUCACAAUCACGAAGGCCAUUACACCACGAGCAAAAAGCCUGUGACAUGGUGGUCGACCACGAUGUCGCCAACCACGCAAAAGACCACAACUAGGUCCACAACAGCGUGGUGGCAAACAUCUUACAGUACGCAGACGUGGUGGACAACUUCGUCGACUACAACAAGGCAAACAACGACAUCGUCGACUACAGAAGCUGAACCUUCAUCUACCACACUCCCGACUCCAGCGAUUGUGAUGCCGGAGAUGGAUCGUCCGUCUGAACCUUGUCAAACGGGAGAGUACAUACCAGAUCCUGCCAAUUGUAACGCCUACUACAGAUGUAUUCUCGGCGAGCUGAAGAGGCAGUAUUGUGCUGGAGGUUUGCAUUGGAACAAAGAACGGGGUAUCUGUGACUGGCCAACUUCUGCUCGAUGCAAGGAAGCAGGUGCUCAAAAACCAAUGGCGACCAAACGUCCAACAACCCAAAAAACCACCACCAUGUCCUGGUGGAAACCCCCAUCCACCGCAGCUCAGCAAAAACCAAUGGAAACCAAGCGUCCAACAACUCAGAGAACCACCACUAUGUCAUGGUGGAAGCCGCCAUCGUCCACACAAAACUGGUGGGAGACUACCCCAUCUUCUCAGAAUUAUUGGGAGACACCAAGUACAAGUCAAAGCUGGUGGACGACCACGAGAAAACCGGCUACGGAAGCGUCUCUUCAGGAAAUUUCAGAAAUUCCGUGCAUGAAUGGACAGUAUUAUCCUCACGAGAGCUGUAAUAACUUCUACGUUUGCGAUAACAAUCAGCUUGUGGUCCAAAGCUGCGCACCUGGUUUGAACUGGAAUAUGGAGGCUCAAAUGUGCGAUUGGCCGUUCAAGGUGAAAUGCGCCAACAGGAAAAAACUUGCUCAACCUUACACAGACCAAGAAAAUUUGAUAAACAAAAUCCACCCAGACCCAUACACGACUUGCGUGGGUAAUUCAUUUGCUCCCUUCAAAGGAGAUUGCAACAAAUACAUGCACUGUUUAUGGGGUAAAUAUGAAAUUUACGAUUGCGCUCCUGGCUUGCACUGGAACAACGACAAACAACUGUGCGACUGGCCAGACAGUGCCAAUUGCCAAGCAGAUAACGACAUAGAAGACAACCGGCCAGGAGAAAAACCUGACAUCCCAAUAGAUCCCAUUUAUAAACCUACCAUGCCGACAGAGAGGCCAACUUCCGGCUUCUACCCAGACUGGAGACCAACCCUACCUUCCACCACCUCUACGCAAGCGCCAGAGAUGCAGGAACCUCUGAAACCACAAUCGGGAUAUUUCAAGAUCGUUUGCUACUUCACCAACUGGGCCUGGUACAGACAAGGAUUCGGCAAAUACCUACCAGAGGACAUAGAUCCAGAUCUAUGCACCCACAUAGUGUAUGGUUUCGCCGUUCUGGAUUACGAGAAUCUGAUCAUCAAAGCACACGAUUCUUGGGCAGAUUUCGAUAACAAAUUCUACCAACGGGUCACGGCAUACAAGGCUAAGGGAUUGAAGGUUUCCUUGGCUAUUGGUGGAUGGAAUGAUUCGCAAGGCGACAAAUAUUCGAGAUUGGUGAACAAUCCAGCAGCCAGAGCGAGAUUCAUCAGACACGUGUUGGAAUUCUUGGAGAAGCACAACUUUGACGGCUUGGAUUUGGAUUGGGAGUAUCCCAAAUGUUGGCAGGUGGAUUGCAAUAAAGGCCCAGAUUCUGAUAAGGCAGCUUUCGCAUCAUGGGUUUCGGAAUUGAAGGAAGCCUUCAGACCUAGAGGUCUUUUGCUAUCUGCUGCAGUAUCACCAAGUAAGACUGUGAUUGAUGCAGGAUAUGAUGUGGCAUCGAUUGGAAGGGAUCUGGAUUGGGUGGCGGUGAUGACUUAUGACUACCACGGACAAUGGGACAAGAAGACUGGGCAUGUAGCUCCUCUAUACUACCACCCACAAGAUGAUGUCGCCUAUUUCAACGCUAAUUUCACGAUACACUACUGGAUAUCAGAAGGUGUGCCAAGGAGGAAGAUUGUAAUGGGAAUGCCACUCUAUGGACAGUCGUUCCAACUGGCUAAAGAAAGUGAAAACGGUUUGAACGCCAUGGCACCAGGUCCAGGACAGGCUGGACAGUUCACGAGAGCAAACGGUUUCUUGGCAUAUUACGAAAUUUGCGACAACAUCAAGAAUAAGGGAUGGACGGUGGUCCAUGACGCCCAGAGAAGAUUGGGACCGUAUGCUUACAAAGGAAACCAAUGGGUGUCAUUUGACGACAAAGAGAUGAUCAGGCUUAAAUCUGAAUUCAUUAGAAACAUGGAUCUAGGUGGUGGUAUGAUAUGGGCUUUGGAUCUGGAUGACUUCAAAAAUAGGUGCGGAGAAGGAAAACAUCCUCUUCUGACAACCAUAAGACAAGUCCUGGCUGAACCGGGGUCUGGAGCUCCAGUGACAUCAACCCAACCGAACAUACCAAUCGAACCAGAGUUGCCAGCUUUUCCAGAAGAAGGACCAACUGACAGCACGAAUCGACCAAGUGUUGUAACCCCUAUUGUGGAACCAAUUACAACAACAAUAACGUCUGUAUCCGAACCAACAGUAGACAGAGAUUCCGAAUUCAAGGUUGUCUGCUACUUCACGAACUGGGCUUGGUAUAGACAGGGUGUCGGAAAGUACCUCCCAAGCGACAUAGAUCCUGACCUAUGUACGCACAUCGUAUACGGUUUCGCAGUUCUCAAUGGCGAUCAACUGAUCAUCAAACCGCAUGACACGUGGGCAGAUUUCGAUAAUAAAUUUUACGAGAAAGUCACGGCCCUGAAAGCGAAGGGAAUCAAGGUUCUGAUAGCUAUUGGAGGCUGGAAUGAUUCGGCGGGUGACAAAUACUCCAAACUGGUCAACAACCCUUCGGCUAGGAGAAGGUUUAUCUCUCACGUUGUUGAUUUCGUUGAACAGAACAACUUCGAUGGUCUCGACCUGGAUUGGGAAUACCCGAAAUGCUGGCAGGUCGACUGCAACAAGGGUCCGGAUUCUGAUAAGGCAGGUUUCGCAGAUUUCGUGAAAGAACUACAUGCAGCAUUCAAACCUAAGGGAUGGCUGCUGUCCUCAGCAGUAUCACCCAACAAGAGAGUCAUAGACGAAGGAUACGAUGUACCGACCCUCUCCAAGUAUUUGGAUUGGAUAGCCGUGAUGUGUUACGACUACCACGGCCAAUGGGAUAAGAUCACAGGUCACGUGGCCCCCAUGUACGAACAUCCGGAAGAUGGGGAUGCAACACUUAACUCUAAUUUCACCAUCAACUACUGGAUCGAAAAAGGAGCGGAUAGGAAGAAGUUGGUCAUGGGGAUGCCGAUGUAUGGACAGUCCUUUUCUCUGGCUGACAACAGUAAUAAUGGCUUGAACGCUCCAACUUACGGUGGUGGAGAGGCUGGAGAAGAAACCAGAGCUAGGGGUUUCUUGGCGUACUACGAAAUAUGCACCAAUGUGAUAAACAAAGGAUGGACUGUGGUGCGGGACAAAAAAGGAAGAAUAGGACCCUACGCAUAUUUGAGAGACCAAUGGGUAUCCUUCGAUGACAUAGGAAUGAUCAGGCACAAAUCCCAAUACAUCAAGGCGAUGGGUUUGGGAGGAGGAAUGAUAUGGGCAUUGGAUCUGGACGAUUUCAAGAACUUGUGCGGCUGCGAAGAAUACCCCUUGCUCAGGACGAUCAACAGGGUGCUCAGGAAUUACUCCAAGCCCGCUCCGAAAUGCGUACUCGGUAAAGGGCAGCAAACGGUCGACAAAAAACCGAUGAUAACGACAACUUCCACCCAAAAACCUUCGGUUCCUUCCUACUAUCCAACGGAGCCCAGUAUGUCUGGAUAUCCAAAAGAAAUGCCUUGCAAUGGGAUGUUGUUCGCGGCGGACGAGACAAACUGUCAGAAUUACUACAUCUGCAAUCAGGGUAAGCUCCAACUUCAGGCGUGUCCCCAUGGUCUCUACUGGAAUAAGGAUCAUUGCGACUGGCCAGAAAACACCGUCUGUCAUCCGGAUGGUACUACUUCCUCGCCAUCCUCAACCGAAACUUAUACAACGCAACCAGAAGAACAUACAUCGCCAACCGUUGAAACAACUACAGCCCCUUACUUUCCAGGAACAGAAACUCAUCAGACUCCUUCAGAAGAGGGAAUGAAAGUUGUAUGCUACUUCACUAAUUGGGCUUGGUACAGGCAAGGGGAUGGCAAAUACCUCCCAGAUGAUAUAGACCCCACUUUAUGCACCCACAUCACAUACGGUUUCGCAGUUUUGGACGCUAACUCCCUAACUAUCAAACCGCACGAUUCUUGGGCUGACAUAGAUAACAAUUUCUACACCAAAGUGGUUGCGUACAAAGCUAAGGGAUUGAAAGUUUUGAUAGCUCUUGGUGGAUGGAACGACUCCUUGGGUGAUAAAUAUUCCAGAUUGGUGAACGACCCUCAAGCCAGAGCAAGAUUUAUCUCACACGCCUUGCAGUUUAUAGAGAAAUGGGGCUUCGACGGCUUGGAUUUAGACUGGGAAUAUCCUAAGUGCUGGCAGGUGGAUUGCAACAAAGGUCCUGCAUCGGAUAAGGAUGGUUUCGCUUCUUUAGUGAGAGAAUUGAGCGCUCAAUUCAGGCCAAAAGGACUCCUUUUGUCAUCGGCAGUAUCGCCCAGUAAAAUGGUGAUAGACGCUGGUUAUGACGUUCCCGCUUUAAGCAGAUAUUUCGACUGGAUUGCUGUGAUGACCUACGAUUUCCACGGAAAUUGGGACAAGCAGACUGGACACGUGGCACCCCUUUAUUAUUAUCCAGGCGAUGUUUACGAUUACUUCAAUGCGAACUUCUCCAUCAACUAUUGGAUGGAGAAAGGAGCUCCAGCCAAGAAACUCGUCAUGGGAAUGCCGAUGUACGGCCAGAGUUUCUCUUUAGCUGACGCGUCUAAUAAUGGAUUGAACGCACAAUCCUACGGGCCUGGGGAGGCAGGAGAAUUCACAAGAGCUGGAGGAUUUAUGGCCUUCUAUGAGAUCUGCGAGAGGGUAAAGAGGAGGAGUUGGAAUGUAGUGAGAGAUCCUCAAGGCCGUAUGGGUCCGUACGCAUACAGUGGCAACCAAUGGGUUUCAUACGAUGAUAUAGCAGAAAUCAAGAGAAAGUCUCACUUGAUAAAGGAUCUAGGCUUGGCCGGUGGCAUGAUCUGGGCUUUGGAUUUGGACGACUUCAGAAAUAGGUGCGGCUGUGGGAAGCACCCAUUGUUGAAGACUUUGAACAAAGAACUGAGACAGAUUUCUUCGGAUAUCAAUAUACAAAACUGUACAUAAAAGAACUGUCUGUAAUAUAGAAGAGUUAUAUUCCUCCUUCUUUUUCAUGUUGGACAGAUCCGAACGUAUUAAAGGAUGAGAAAUAUGCAUUGUUUAGAAUAAGUUCCGUUUUAUACAAGACUAUGCAACAAUAAAAUUUAAGUAAUAAUGA